GUUUCCGGCGCAUAACCCCUGCCCCCCCUUCCUUUCCUUCUCAUCUUCCCGACCUUCCUUCCUAUCACACCUCUCUUCCUUCACGUCUCACCUGCCUUCCUUCCUUCCCAUCCUUCUCUCUCUUCUUUCCCAUCUCAGCUCCCUCCUUCCCUCCCUUCUCUCUCUUCUUUCCCAUCUCAGCUCCCUCCUUCCCUCCCUUCUCUCUCUUCUUUCCCAUCUCAGCUCCCUCCUUCCCUCCCUUCUCUCUCUUCUUUCCCAUCUCAGCUCCCUCCUUCCCUCUCUUCCCUCUCUUCUUUCCCAUCUCACCUCCCUUCCUUCCCUACUUCUCUCUCUUAGUUCCCAUCUCACCUCCCUUCCUUCCCUACUUCUCUCUCUUCUUUCCCAUUUCACCUCCCUUCCUUCCCUACUUCUCUCUCUUAGUUCCCAUCUCACCUCCCUUCCUUCCCUACUUCUCUCUCUUAGUUCCCAUCUCACCUCCCUUCCUUCCCUUCUUCUCUCUCUUCCUUCCCAAAUCACACCCCUUCCUUCCCUUCUUCUCACUCUUCCUUCCAAUCUCACCUCCCUCCCUUCCCUUCUUCUCUUUCUUCUUUCCCAUCUCACCUCUCUGCCUUCCCAUCUCUACUACCUACCUUCCCGUCCUCCCCCCCCCUCCUCCCCCCCCUCCUUCUCAACUCCCCACCCUGCCUUCCCAUCUCCCGUCCCUUCCUUCCCAUCACCCCUUUCCUCCUUGUUAG